AUAGAGCGAGGGAGGUUUCCCGGCUGCCCGGCCGCCUCCGAGCGACUCCCGAAGAGCCCCGGACGGAGAUGGAAGAAGACGAGCAGGAGGAGCGGCGCAGGAAAGUGGAGGCCGGGAGAGCCAAGCUUGCUAGCUUCCGACAGAGAAAAGCAAAAGGUGACGGUCCGAAUUCGAAGAAAAAGACGGCGAAGAGGAAGGGUUCGGCUGUCAAUGCGCCUGUCCAGGAGGAGGGUUCGGUAGCCACUCAAAACAGCGAGCUCCCCCAGGAAGGGGCUGGUUUUGAAAGCAAGUCAUGCAGCAGCACCCUGGAGGGGACCCGAGGGGCAUUUGCAGCUCAGGAACGACAAGACUGUGAACUGGAUGAGACUGGUCUGCAGGCACAACAGCCUCAGCCGCAGCCGCAGCCACAGCCACCCCAGACAGCCCACAGCCUUGAGCUUGAAGCUCUGCGCCUGAGCCUGAACAACAUGCAUACGGCACAGCUAGAGCUGACACAAGCCAACCUGCAGAAAGAGAAGGAGACAGCGUUGACGGAGCUGCGGGAGAUGCUCAAUGGCCGGCGGGCACAGGAGCUGGCGCUGCUGCAGAGCAGGCAGCAGUGUGAGCUGGAGCUGAUGCGAGAGCAGCAUGCCCGUGAGAAGGAAGCGGUGAUGCUCCGCUGUGGGCAAGAAACAGCUGAACUGAAGGAGAAGUUGCGUUCAGAAAUGGAGAAGAACGUCCAGAUGAUAGAGACUCUGAAGCAGGACUGGGAAUCUGAAAGAGAGUUGUGUUUGGAAAAUCUCCGCAAAGAAUUGUCUGCAAAACACCAGUCGGAAAUGGAGGGCUUGCAAAACCAGUUUCAGAAAGAAUUAGCAGAACAGAGGGCUGAGUUGGAGAAGAUUUUUCAAGCCAAGCACGAGGCUGAAGUUUCCCUGAAGAACCUGGAGACCCAGCACCAGGCAGCUGUCAAGAAAUUACAGGAAGACCUGCAGUCGGAGCACUGCCAGUAUUUGCAAGAUUUAGAGGUGAAGUUCAGAGAAAAGGAGAAAGAAAAAGAGUUGGAGUUAGAGACUCUUCAGGCGUCCUAUGAAGACCUGAAGGCUCAGUCCCAAGAAGAAAUCAGACACCUGUGGUCCCAGCUUGAGUCUAUGAAAACCAACAGAGAGGAACUGAAUGGGUCAUGGGAGCCGCCACUGGUCCGAGACGCUCACCUGGAGGAGCUGGAGCACCUACGGGCAGACUUCGCUCAGCAGCAGCAGCAGGAGAGAGCCCAGCACGAGUCGGAGCUGGAGCACCUGCGCGUCUAUUUUGAGAAGAAGUUGAGGGAUGCUGAGAAGACAUACCAAGAAGACCUGACCUUGUUCCAGCAACGGCUACAGGAAACCAGGGAGGAUUCUCUGGAGUGUGGGGAGAUCAGUUCAUCCUGUAUAUUCCCAGAGGAGACAUUUGGCCCAGAAAGAAAGGAGCAACCCGAUCCACUUGGUCUUCAGCUUGAGCAGCCGCAGGAGAACUCGGCAAGUUUACACGCAGGACUGGAAGAAGACCCCAGGCACAAAACAGGUGUGUUGAGUUCUUCCCCCGACUUCCAACUCAAGGAGGACAAGUCACACAGCCACCACCUGAGGCCCGAGGAAGCAGAACAGGAGAGGCCCCCACUUGGAUUCUCAGACCAGCACAGCCAAGAGCUCACACAAGGACGUCUCCAGUAUGAACAGGACAUGGCUUUGGAGGUCGAUGCUCAGGGGGCUGCCAGAAUCCUGAGUUUGGAAGCUGAACAGAAGGUUAAACUUUCUCUUCUUCAGACUGAGCUCAAGGAAGAGAUUGAACUCUUAAAAAUAGAGAACAGAAAUUUACAGGAGAAGCUUCAGCACGAGACCCACCUGAAGGAGGACCUGGAGAACGUCAAACGUAGCCUAGUUGAAGACCAUCAGGUAAAACUAAAUAAAGCUGAGGAGAAGAUUCAGCUGUUGAAACAAGAAUUCCAAAGAAAGGAAGCAGAAUGGGAGCGUUCACACGAGGCCCUAAAGAGAGAAGCUGAAGAGAGAUUAACCUCCAUGUUUCUUGAGCUAAGAGAAAAGGCUGAGUGUGAGAAACAGUCCAUAAUAAGCAGGUUUGAGCUUCGGGAGUCUGGCAUGAGGCACCUGCAGGACCAGCAGGCGGCCCAGAUCUUGGACCUGGAAAGAUCUCUGAUGGAGCAGCAGGGCCGCCUGCGGGAGCUGGAACAAGAACUCACUAGAGAUGAAGCUCUGCCCUGUAGCCAAUGUGGCCAGGAGCCCCUUGUGGCCCAGGAUGAGGAGCAUGCCAUGCUCCUCCGUGAGAAGGAAGACUGUGCCCUCCAGCUGAUGAUGGCCCAGAACAGGUUUUUGGAAGAGCGUAAAGAGAUUAUGGAGAAGUUUGCCAAGGAACAAGACGCUUUCUUUCGGGAUGCCCAGGAGAAGCACACCCAUGAACUCCAGCUCCUGCAGCAGGGACACCAGCAGCAACUUCAGGCCCUGAGGAUGGAGCUCGAGACCAAGCACCACUCUGAGCUCGCUGAACAGCUUGCCUCCCUGGAGAGCAGGCAGCAGGUACUUCUUGAGACGCAUGUGGCUGAGCUGCAGGUAAAACACAAUGCUGAAAUCAGCGCUUUAGAGAUGAGACAUUUGUCCAAUUUGGAUGCGUUGGAAUCCUGUUACUUGGCCGACAUUCAGACUAUUCGGGAUGAACACAGAAAGGCUUUGGAGCUUUUGCAAGCAGAGCUCGAGGAACAGCUACAGAAAAAGGACUCUUCUCACAAAGAGCUUUUGACACAUGAGUUGGAAAAAGUGAAACUGAAACACGAUGAGGAGCUUCAGUCUGCAAAAGACAGCUUGAGAGUCAGAAUGCAUGCCAGACACACAGGGACCGGGAAAGACCUGGCCACUGACCUGCCAGGUGCACAGCAGCAGGAGGAACUGGCUGUGGCUCUGCACAAUCAGAGGCCCCUGCUAGAGAAGGACGGGCAUGCAGCCUUGGGUAGCGUGGGUGCUGAGGUCCUGCUGCACCAAGCUAUGCCUGAGGAUCUGGGAGCCCCACACACUGUUGAAAUGCAGAAGCCACAAGCAGAGUUGGCCAAACCUUCAGAGCUGCAGGCAUCUCAGGAACAGGCGGCACAGCUGAAAGGCCAGGUCUUCUCGCUGAGUCGGGAGCUCGAAGAGUGCCGCACCGAGCUGGAGAGGCUGCAGCAGAGGCGGGAGCGGGAGAACCAGGAGGGCGCGACUCUGAUCUGCAUGCUCAGGGCUGAUGCGGACCUGGCUCGGAGCGAAGGGAAAGUACUCCGCGAUGCUCUGAGGAGACUGCUCGAUUUGUUUGGAGAAACACUGAAGGCCGCUGUCACCCUAAAGAGCCGAAUCAGUGAGCGUGCGGGGCUCCUCCUGGACCAUGUGGAUGCUGCAGAUACAAGUGAUGCCCGGUUAGCAGCUGCAGCUCUUGGCGACAUGUGGUCUGAUGAGGGUCUACUUGAGAUAGACAGAACUCUGCCUGAAGGGGCGGAGACGUCUUCAGUGUCAGAAAUUAGCAGUCAUGUGUGCGAAAGCUUUUUUAUGAGCCCUGAAAACACACUGGAGUGUGAGCAGCCCAUUAGGAAAGUCUACCAGAGCCUCAGCUCGGCUGUGGAUGGCCUCCUGGAAAUGGCCCUGGACUCUACUAAACAGCUGGAGGAAGCACGCCAGCUUCAUCGUUGUGUUGAGAAAGAGUUCCGUCAUAGGAAUGAGGAGAUGGCGCAGGCUGUGCAGAAGCAGCAGGAGCUGCUGGAACGCCUGAGGCAGGAGAGUGCGGCCAAGGAUGGGCUGACCCUGGAGUUGCACACUGCAGAGGGGCUCCUUGAAGGACUCAAGGUGGAGAAAGCAGAUCUGCAGGAGACACUGGGGAAGAAGGAGGAGUCGGAACAGCAGCUGAUCCUGGAGCUGGAGAACCUGCAGAAUCAGCUGCAGCAAGCAGCCCAGGAGCUGGCCACGCUGAGGGAAGAAAACUCUGUCCUGUGGAACCAGAAGGAAACUUUCACUAAUGAAGCAAAAGAAAGAGAAGCUGGCACUCCUGACUCUUCAGCACACGAGGACACAGCCCUGCAGAAGGAAGUGGAAUCUCUGACCAGAGACCAGUGGGAGGCCAGGAAGCAGUCUGAGAAGGACCGUGCCACCCUACUCUCUCAGAUGCGGGUCUUGGAGUCUGAGUUGGAGGACCAGCUUGUGCAGCACCGGGGCUGCGCCCAGCUGACUGAGGAAGUGACCACCCUGAAACAGCAGCUGGCUGCCCUAGACAAGCAUUUACGUAGCCAGCGUCAGUUCAUGGAUGAGCAGGCUGCUGAGCGUGAGCACGAGCGUGAAGAGUUCCAGCAGGAAAUCCAGAAGCUGGAGGAGCAGCUCCGCCAGGCAGCCCGGCCACGGCCUCCUGGGUCCCGUGACCGCCAGUGUGCACAGCUAGAUGAGGAGGUUGAAUUGUUACAAGAAAAAUUGAGAGAAAAAUUAGAUGGAUUUAAUGAAUUGGUCAUAAAGAAAGAUUUUGCAGAUCAACAAUUGUUAAUCAAAGAAGAAGAAAUUAAACGUCUCGAGGAGACAAAUGUCAACAUACAAAGACAAAUGGCCCAGCUCCAGGAAGAACUGGAGAGACAGAAAAGACACAUGGAAGAAUUCAAAGAUAAAGAGGUGCUAAAGCAAGAGCAUGCGAGUGACUUGCUGCUACCCCCUGUACCACAGUGUAGGGCGGACGAAGCUGGGUUUCCUGUGCCUUCUCAGGACAGCCCUCCUAGGGGUCCUGAGACCCAGCCAGAGGUAACAGAGAGAACACUCCUGCAGGAUGAGAAUGAGGUUGUCCCCAGUAGGAACUCUGAGAUUGAGGAGCUGAAAGCCGUCAUCGACACUCUGCGGGAAGACCAAGAACAAUUACAGAAGAACAAAGCAGAAGAAAUUGAGCAGCUCCAUGAAGUAAUCGAGAAACUGCAGAGUGAGCUGACCCUUAUGGGGCCCAAGGUGCAUGAACUCAGUGAUCACCAGGCUGACAGUCUCCACGACGAGCUGUCCUGCCUCCAUGCAGAAGACCGGCGUGAAAAGGACCUACGGAACGAGCUGGAAGCUGCACAGGCUGCCAAGGAGGUCUUUGGCCAGCUUCUGGCAGACCAGGCACAUGGGCACAGCCAAGUUCUGGAGGCACUGCAGCAGCGUCUACAAGAUGCUGAGGAGGUUGCUGCAAGACGCUUGGCUGAACUAGAACAUUGUGUGGCCCUCAAAGAGGCUGAGGUUGAAGGCAUGGCCUCCCGGAUCCAAGAAUUUGAAGCUAUCCUGAAGGCAAAGGAAGCAGCCAUUGUGCAGAGAGAUUUGGAGAUUGGCACCAUCAAGAAGUGGAAAGUAACUCAUUCCCUUGAGCUGGAGACCAUCCUCUUGGCUUUGACACACUUCUGUCAUGCUCUGGAACAGCAGACCUUGGCCACCCCUGAGGAGCCUCCUGAGCUCCAGCAGCUGCGAAUGCAGUGCGCUCGCCUCAGCCAUCAGCUGCAAGUGCUGCACCGGCGCUUCCUGAGUUGCCAGGUGGAGCUGGACCGGCAGCAGACUCAGGUAGCAUCUGUUGGCUGCUCAUCCCCUUGUGCGGAUGCACAGGCGAAACAUGACGGUCAGUUGGAGCAGGACAGUGUCAGCACGGGGCUGGCCGUGGUGCCCCACAGCUCGGCUCCACAGGAUAAUCUACAGCCUGCCAAAGUCCUCGUGACACUAAAGGAUGCCAGUCUCCACAAGGCGGAAAGUGUGAUGUCGGUGCUCGCAGUCUGUCAGAGGUGGUUGGAGGCAGAGAUGCUUUUAGUGAAGAAUGCAAUGCCUUUGAGCCUGGAGGAUGACAGCGAGGCGCUGGAAGGGGUGCAGGCUAAGGAAAAGCAGCCGGAAGCUUGUCAGCUGGGCAGUGCGACUCUCAUAGCCCAGGUGAAACAACUUCAGGAGAAACUGAACCACCUGGUGCAUUCCAUGGCCUCUAGGGACACCAGCACGGAAAAUCCUAAAUUACCACAGCCAAACCUAUCAGAAAAUGGUUCCAGUAAUAAUUGUCAUAACGAUGAAGUAGACAGUUUGUCCCCUCCAGUUGAUGGAUUUAAUAUUGCUAAAACCACGUGGGAUCUCGUCGAUGUCAUUCAAAGUCAGGAUUUGUUGACCCAAAGUGAAAUGCCAAGUUUUCCCCCUCAAGAAACAUUAACACUACAAGGUGGACCUCUUUCCUCCCAAAUCAGCGUGCACACUGACUCUCUCCACACUGAGGAGGCUAAGCCCGACAAGGACCCAGUAAGGGCCCUGGACCUGUCUUCCUGGAGCUCCCCCGAGGUCCUCCGGAAGGACUCAAGCCUCGAGCCCCAGCACAGCCUCCCCCUGACACCCCACACAGACACAGUGAGCCUGCACAGUGUGGACACCUCCCAAGGCUGGACAGACUCGCUGCUGCUGGCCGAUGCGUCAGGGCUGCUUUGUUACCCGGGCAGGUCAGCAGCAGGACAGGCCCCGCUGUGGGUGCUGGCUCCUUCGGCUGAGAACCGCCAUGUGGAGAGGCCAGCUGCGGAGAAGGAUGUCGAAGACUUUAUUGUAACAUCUUUUGAUUCUCAAGAAUUAUUAACAUCCCUUCAUGAGUUAUCAAGAAGAAGUGAUGGGAGUGGGAAAAGCAACGGCCCGAGUAGUGCCCUGAUGCUGACUUUGGGCUCAGGAGGAUCCGAGACUCCCACCACCAGUCUUGCCACUACUGAUGCCCUUUCUCUCUCUGGAAGAUUUGUCCACUCCCCAGGAGCAAUGAAGGAGAAGGAAAUCCACGCAAAGCACAUGAAGGCUUUGCUGCAGAUGGUAUUUGAUGAGAGCCACCAGAUACUGGCCUUAUCAGAGAACCAAGACCUCCCCAAUUCGCUGAGCAAGGGUGAACCGCUGGAUGGCCUUCCAAGGGACAGGCAGGCCCUUUUGGAGGUGACAGCCGACAGAAGAGAGAAGGAGUCUUUGGAAACACACCUUACAUGGAGUGAGGAGCUUUUGCGGGCCAUACAAGAAGUGUUUGCCAGGGAGCAGGAGAAUGCCGGGCUGCAGUCUAGACCUUAUGGCUUAGACCUAGGAGAUUAUAAUGCCCUGUUCAAGAGGCUGGAGAAGGUUAUUCAAGAGCGGGGAGACCUGCAGAAGGUCCAGGAACACUUAUGUCUGCCAGACAGGCACAGCCUGCUCUCUGAGGUUCAGGCUCUGCGUGCUCAGCUCCGCAUGACACACCUCCAGAACCAAGAGAAGCUACAGCAAUUGUGUGCAGCCCUGACCAGCACCGAGGCCCGUGGGAGCCAGCGGGAGCACCAGCUGCGGAGACAAGUUGAACUAUUGGCAUACAAAGUUGAACAGGAAAAGUGCAUAGCGAACGACUUACAGAAAACCUUGAGCAAAGAGCAAGAGAAGGCGAGCGACGUCCGGAAACUCCUGAUGGUGGAACAGAGUGCAGUACAGGAUCUGAAGUCGGAGCUGCAUGCGUGUAAGCAGGAGAACACACGGCUGUUGGAGUCUCUGGACAAGGUGCAGCAGGAAGUCCUGCGGCUCAGAGCCAUGCUAGACGGGAAGGAGAAUGAACUGAGGGUUGCCCUUGAGGAGCUGGAGAGUGAGCGUGGAAAGGAGCGAGCCCUUCAGGCCCAGCAGGAGGAGCAACAGCUGCGGCACCUGCAGAGGGAGGGCCAGAGCUCGAGGGCCCUGGAGGAGUUAAAAAUGUCUUUGGAGAAGCAGCGUGCUCAAAAUAACCAACUAUGCGUUGCUUUAAAACACGAGCGUGCGGCCAAGGACAACCUGCAGAAGGAGCUUCAGAUUGAGUCCUCCCGCUGUGAAGCCUUGCUGGCGCAGGAGAAGGGCCAGCUCUAUGAGCUGCAGAAGAGCCUAGAGGCUGAGAGGAGCCGCUCGCUGGAGCUUUCAGAGGCCUUACAACACGAGCGGCUCUUGACGGAGCAGCUGAGCCGCAACGCGCAAGAGGCCUGUGCCCGCCAAGAGGCACAAGUGCAGCAUGCCUUAUUGCGAAAGCUGAAAGCAGAGAAGGCGCGUGCAUUGGAACUGGAAGGCAUGCUUGAGAAGGUGCAGAGACAGGCUGCACAAGCACAGAAGCAACUGGAAUCACAGGCUCAGGAGCGCUGUGCAGAGCUCAGGAAAGAGAAGGAGGUAAGUAGCCACCUGCGAUCAGCCAUGGAUGCCUUGCAGAGCCACAAGCAGGAGCUGGGAUGCUGUCUGGAGAGAGAGAGGGAGAAAUCAGCUUGGUUACAGGCAGAAUUAGAACAGUUAUCCACAAGAGUGAAAGAGCAAGAAGGCCACAAGGAUGCGAGGAUGGAGAGGAGGUCAAGCCCAGCAGACGUGGAAACGAAGACCUGGCAGACAGACAAGGAGAAGCUGCGAGAAUUAGAAUUACAGUGCCAGCGUGAUGAGCAUAAAAUCGAGCAGCUUCAGCGGAUGGUGAGAGAGCUGAGGUGGAAAGAGAAGGUGCCUGGCGGGGAUGGCCCUUGCUGGAGCACCCCCAGCCUGGGUUCUCCAGAGCCAAACCAUGUCCAGGAGCAGCAGCAGGAGCUGGAGAAGAUACGGCAGCAGCUCCUCUGUGCAGCUGGGCUCCUCACGAGCUUCACCAACCACACCGUGGACAGGACAAUUAAAGAUUGGACGUCAUCAAAUGAGAAGGCGGUGUCAUCCUUAAUGCACACUCUUGAGGAACUGAAGUCUGAACUGAGCAUGCCUACCUCCUCCAAGAAAAAGAUGGCUGCGGAACUUCAAGUCCAGCUCAUGAAUGAACUGCUGAGAGACAACGAUGCCCUUACAAAAGCUGUCGGCAUAGCAACCCGAGAGAAAGCAGAGCUGUGCAGGACCAUCUCCCGGCUCGAGAAGACCCUGAAGCACCACACGCAGAAGGGCUGCCUUCUCAAUAGGCAAAGCAAGUCUUCAUGGAAGCAAGACGGGACGGUUUUGCAGGGUUCUCCACGACACCCAGAUCCAGAGUGGCACACAUCAACUGCAAGUGUGGAAGCAAGUUCCUGCAAUACCAAGAUGGAAAAACUGUACCUGCACUAUCUGAGAGCGGAGAGCUUCAGAAAAGCUCUGAUUUAUCAAAAGAAAUAUCUCCUGCUGCUGAUUGGUGGAUUCCAGGACUCGGAACAGGAAACGCUCUCCAUGAUUGCUCAUUUGGGGGUAUUUCCCUCCAAAGCAGAUAAGAAACUGACGACAUCUCGUCCUUUUACCAAGUUCCGCACUGCUGUAAGGGUUGUCAUCGCAGUAUUAAGGUUACGAUUUUUGGUUAAGAAAUGGCAAGAAGUGGAUCGGAAAGGAGCGCUGAUCCAUUGCAGAAGCACCCGCCAAGGACAUCGAAUGUCCCGGAGACAGCAUUCUCCAUCAGAAACCAGAACAUCCCUGCCAACCAGAGAAGUUUCCUCAGGCCAUAUCAAGGACUCUAGGCACAGCGCCCGAUCCUCGGCAGCAGUCUCGCUGGGCAAGGAGGAAAGAUCAACUUCCUCACCAAAUUCAAGGUUAGAAAGAUCCCUGGCUGCUUCUCAAGAUGCAGAACAUUCCUUGACAGAAUAUAUUCAUCAUUUAGAAAUGAUCCAGCAAAGACUUGGGGGGUUGCCACCAGAUUCUACUCAGAAAUCCUGCCGCCAGAAGAUUAAACAAUGAAUAAAAUCUUGUGGCUCUUAACCUGUGAUGGUUGUAUCUGAGGAGAGAUGGUUUUCCUAAGGAAAGCUCAUGGUAUGGUCUGGGACACUGCAGGAGUCAUGAUACCAGCCCGUAGCAACCGCCGAGUGUUUCCAACUCAACACACCGCUAAAUGGAGCACUUUUGGCUCCUCCCCUCCUCCCAGUGAGCGAUGGCUGUGUUGUACUCUGUGCCUGUUGAUAGGGCCGUCUGCCUCCUCCGUGUCAGAAGUGCAGAGUGGUUCCCGUUGUUUAUUUUCUUAACGUGUGAGGUUGGAAAGUUCAUUUGAAAAUGAGCACAUAGGAAGGGAAGAAUAAAGUUUAAGUA